ACAGCGGCAGGGCUUAGGAUCCGCCAUGAAGUUUCGGGCCAAGAUCGUGGACGCGGCUUGUCUGAAUCACUUCACACGAGUCAGUAACAUGAUAGCCAAGCUUGCCAAAACCUGCAGCCUCCGGAUCAGCCCUGAUAAGCUGAACUUCAUCCUUUCUGACAAGCUGGCCAGUGGAGGGGUGAGCAUGUGGUGCGAGCUGGAACAGGAGAACUUCUUCAGUGAAUUUCAGAUGGAAGGUGUCUCAGCAGAAAACAAUGAGAUUUAUUUAGAACUAACAUCGGAAAACUUGUCUAGAGCCUUGAAAACUGCCCAGAAUGCCAGAGCUCUGAAAAUCAAGUUGACUAACAAACACUUCCCCUGUCUCACUGUGUCUGUAGAGCUGCAGUUCUCUUCGUCAAGUAGUAGUCGCAUUGUGACACAUGAUAUCCCCAUAAAAGUUAUCAGUAUCUCAGCUGAGGUGCUGUGUUCCUGCUUGAACCAGAGGCAUGCCCUCAGGGAUGUAGUCUCCCUGGUUAGUAUUUAUUUGCCAGCCUUGAAGACUAUGAAGAGUGUUGUGGAGAAAAUGAAAAACAUCAGCAAUCACCUUGUUAUUGAAGCAAACCUAAAUGGAGAACUGAACUUAAAGAUAGAAACAGAAUUAGUAUGUGUAACAACUCAUUUUAAGGAUCUUGGAAACCCUCCAUCAUCCUCUGAGAGCACCUCUCAAGACAGACGCCCAGAAGAUAUGGCUGAGGUGCAUGUGGAUAUCAAGAAGCUCCUUCAGUUUCUUGCAGGACAACAAGUGACUCCCACCAGGGCCUUGUGCAAUAUUGUGAGUAACAGGAUUGUUCAUUUUGAUUUGCUUCACGAAGACGUCUCCCUGCAGUAUUUCAUCCCAGCCUUGUCCUAGCGCCAUCUCACCACAUCUGAGAGCACAGACACCUUUGUCAUGGAGAGAAGCAGUGGCUGACAUGUUCUGAGGUGCUGUCUGUCCUACAGCACCACAAGUCUGCACUCUGCUUAUCUCUCUGUGGUAUUUUAAGCAAAACGGGAACUAACAAAACACAGUGGGAUAAACAUUUCUUCAGAUUCCUCAAUGUCUUUUCCCCCUGCUUUUAAGACAUUAAGAAGAAAAGAUAGAAUUUUAUAGAUUUUGUUGUUGCUUUGUUUUGUUGGUGCUAGAGAUUGAAACCAGGGCCUCAUGCUUACUAAGCACGUGCUCUGCCACUGAACCGACACCGCAGCCCUGUCCAGAUUUUGUGUAGUUGUCAUUGAAGCUGCAAAACUUUCCACUCACAGAGAAUUGGUUCCGCAGUCAGAGUUUCCAAGAGUAUUGCCCGGGGUAGUCUCCAGCUCAGUCCCUGGUGCAGCAGUCAGCUGCUUUCAAAUUUGAGCAUGCUCAUCUCUUCGCUCCCCUCUCUGGGAACUCUGCAGAAUGCACAGCCCUCUGUCCUUUUGCAGCAGGCCUUGUUUCUCAGCACUGAGUGUGGAGGCUGCCACAUGUAUAACCUCUGACCAACUUGCUGAAGACUCGAGCCCACUUCCUUCUCAGUGACCGCAGAGACUGAGAACCUGGGGAACCUGCAGAGUUUGAGAGAAAGCCUGCAGAAACAGAACCUGGAAACCUGCGGAGCCUCGGAGCCCAGGGACCUGUGGAGCCUCACAACCUGGAAAGCUUUUGAAAUUGGAGAACUUGGGGAACUGGCGGAGUCUGAGUACCGAGAGUCCGGAGAGCCAACCCAGUCACCGCAGUUCUCUUGAGCUUGCCCUGCUGUCUCAUGCUCAUUUUCUCUCUGGGUCCACCUUGGUUUUAGGUUAUAACUUACUUUACUUUUUUGCAUGCUUGGGGUCAAAUCCAUUGCUGAGUAUGUGCCAGGCCAAACUACCUCCUCAGCCCUCAGGGUUAUAAUUUCAUAUAAUUCUUCCACUGUAUAUCAGAUCUGUCAUACUAAAAGCAUAUGUGCAUUUUGAGUGAGGCAGCUGAGCCCUGGCCAUCAGCACUGCUGUUAAGCACAGGUCCUGUUGUGCUCCAGUAGCGGAGCUGGCUCAGCGCUGGAGGAUGAACCUUCUCGUUCUCCCUGAAGCACCCUGCUAGACUUCCUGUUUAAAUUAAAUGCCCGGUGUCCCAUAAGGUGGCAUCAUAAACAGCGUUCUCACCUCAGAGGCAAGGCCUAAGUCGCUUAGAGUAAAAUGAAAAAAUGGAAAUUAAACAAAAAUGAACACUUCUUUUUUGGCUUUUUCAUAUCUUUUAGAAAAAGCAGCAUUUCUUUAAAUGUCUGGUAAGUUUAGGGUAUUUCUCUUUUGCUUUCACUUUCUGUUUUCAUGAGAUAGGUUCUUUUAGUUUGGGCUGGCUCCGAAUUCCUUCUACAGCCGAGACUGGGCUGGAUCCUUCCACCAGCUUCUACUCCUAAGCGCUGAGGUUACAGACCUGGGUCACCAUGCCCAACUCUUCUGAUAUGUAGUACUGUUUAUUUAUAUAGUAGAAAUUUGUUAAACUAACAUUUUUAAAUUAGGGGUAUUUUAAUUUUUAAAGCAUUUGUCUCCUGUUUGACUUGUAACAAAAAUAAGUCUGGCUAUGAUUAUAAACCCAGUCAUGAUGCAAAAAUGGAAUUUCUGAAAAUGCCCUGUAAAACAUGUAUCUCUUUUUGAAAGUGUUAGUGCCUCGCCAUUCGCUCUGUGGCUUGAAUGUGAUGUCAGUGAGCAGACAGGUGGCUUGAACUUGCUUUCUUUGUUAGGGGGCAGGGAGAAGCAGCCCCACAAGCAGUCAGGUGGCUCUGGUCUUUGCAGUUGGUGUCACAGAUGUCUGCACAGUGUUCACCGAAUCUUCCCUCUGUGUGUCAUGGAGCUGAUCAAGGGAGAGAGCUAACAAAGCCACAAGCUUAUGGAAAUCCACAGAGCUGCUUUGUCGAGCACCAUCCCCAGGUCUUAUAGCAAGAAGUCACGAUGUGCUCCAUGCAGAAUGAAUGCAGUGUCUCGGGACAUACCGUGAGCCUCUAAGACAGAGAUUUAUAGAAAACUUUCCUAAAUGAUAGAGCCAUCAUGCCAUCCUCACCUUUCCCCCCACCUUGGCUACCUAGGCUCAGGUUCUUUUACUAGUCAUAUUGAGCUGUUUUGAGACUAUCCUGAGCCAGGUCAGAAUGCAGAAGAAUUCCUAACCCAGCCACUUGUGUCAGUGUCCAGGUGGCCUUGUUAUCCUCCUGUGGCCCCUCCCUUGGUCCAGCAGGACCCUGCUUACCUGUCAGAUCUCCAGACAGUUUAUUGUGCAGUGCCUACCUGCCAUAGAACACUGCUCUUGGGCACCUGGGGCAGGAAUUCUGCUCCUUCCACCAGAUAGUGUCUGACGACACCUUCUUUGUAUGUGCUGUCAAACUGGCAGAAGAUCCAUUUUUUUAAGAAAGGUCAUUCUCUACUUUUUUAUUUUAAAACUUUAUUGAGAUAAUUCACACAUCAAAGUGUGCAACCCAGAAGUUUUAAUUUGCUCCUAGGGCUAUUUGUCACCCAGUCCAUUCAGUUGUCUCUCAUCCUUCACUCGAUGUUCUCCCUCCUGGGCAACUGUUUCUCUCUCUCUCUCUCUCUCUCUCUCUCUCUCUCUCUCUCUCUCUCUCUGUGUGUGUGUGUCUAUUGUGUGUGGCUUUUAAAAACUCCUCUGUGUGUACUCUGGUCUCGUCCCCCAGGUACCCACGCCUCUGGUAACGGCCAUCCUCUCUACUGUGAAGUUCUGGAUGUUUUUCAUUCUGUAGCUGUACUCAGUGUCUGUAUAGUGAAUUUACAGUUAUUUGUCCAGUCUUCACAGCCUGACUUGUCCGUGGUCAGCCUUGUGUGAUUAAGUCUAUCUAGAAAUUCUGAGUAGACUGUUUGGGGCUAUAAGCCUGUACUCAUUGCAGCCAUUGCAGAGCAGUGGCACUCUAAGCUCAUUUCUGGCACACCAAGCCUCGGGGUUCAUGCUGCUGAUUCUCCUCCUGUUUGUCAUAAAAUGGCCCUGGGUAGGCUAGCCCUGCUCUGUUCACACUCUCCCAUGGGAAGCGAGCAGACCAGAGCAGAGCAGGCCUCCUGCAAAGUCUUGGGACAUGGUGAAGCCAAGUGCCCAGUUCCCAUUUCUGUUGUCCAGUGUAGAAACAAAUACGGGAGUUCUGGUGUGGCACUGUGCAGGCUGGGGGAAGUUACCUGACUGUCUGUGGUCCAGCGGCGCUGCAGCUUCACUCUGGAGUUCUGGGGUGUUCAGGUGGUCACUUUGCUGCUGAAUUAUGGGGGCACAGAGAAGCUGUGGGGUGCCUACUCUGCCUUUUUUUUUUCAUGUUCCUGCUUGUAUGUAUCAAGACUCACACUGAACCGUGAGUUCUGGGUUGCAAAAGAGGAUUUAUUUUUGCACUUAGUCUUUCCUGCCUUUGUCCACCAGUUAAACAAAUACACACACAAAGUGCUGCCUCCUCUGCCUUUUGCUCACGUCACUCUCUGAUUCUGUGCAUUGUGUGAUGGGGUUUAUCUAAAAGGAAGCUGGAGUUUGUAGAUUUUUAGUCAUCUAAGGACAGUGUUCAAAUAGGAGAUGAAAAUCAGUUGUUCUGAAUGAUCGUGUCCUUAGAUUACGAGAGAAAUCAGGCAGACCCACUUGGACAUUACAGGUCUGAAUUGCUGUCACUGUCCUGGAGUGCAGUUUGUUAGUUCCUGUAUGUGGGAAACCUCGGAAGCUGUGUUCCCUUUGAUUUAAUACACUUAUAAGCAUUUAUACACAGGUUUUAAUCAGAGUUUAUUACUAUUAUAUGGGGAAAAAUUUAAUCUUAACUGAAUUAAUAGGGAAUUGGUUAGAUCAUCUGUGGUUUGAUGCAAUAUUUUAUAGCCUGAUACUAAGGAGAGUAGUAUUGUUGGGACAAAGUGCUUAUUACAUAAGCUAAGCUGGUGAUAUGCUGGUUAUACAGUGUGGCAAAGCAGACUAGGGGGUAGACAACUGAAUCUGGUGAAUUCUGGAUGUUUCUGUUUCCAUCUUUGUAUCCGUAUGUAUUUUCUAAGAAUUUCAUAAACAACUUUGUAACAAAAAUAUUUUUACAAGACUAAAAAAUAAGUAUUAUUUGACUCUUA